GUCAGUUUGAUACAUGUAGCGUUUUUUGUUCUUUGACUUGGCUACUGACGGCCUUAUUGGUUCUUCAUCCUGCAGGUAAAGUGUGUGUGCCUCUGGGUUUCACCUCCUCUACAUACACACAUAUAGAUCCAUUUUCUUCUUGUCAUUUUCACCCUUCUCCACACCUUAAAGCGGAAUGGAGAAGAGGUGGAAAGACUGACACAGAAAGAAAGGAGGAGUAAACCGGUUCAGCAGGUAUACAGAGGCCUAACCAAGCUCUCGCCGUCUUGUUGUCACCGUUAUUUCUGAGGCGCAUGCGCGCUGGCGCCUGUUUCCUGCUUUUUAAAUGAGUACCUGUGCUGCUUUUUUGACCCACCUCUGUCGACAGUGUGUGCGAUCAGGAAUAUCUGCCGUUUUUUUCUCUCCCUCUUCUUCAGCCCGCUCCUUCACCCACUCACACGCGCUCCCGUUAUUUCAGAGCCCCGUGGGUGUUAUUCGCCUUUACCUGUCCGGAUUGCUCACCUGAGCGGACUCACCUGUCCCGACGCCGAGAGACUUCUCCCUCAGAGCCGGACACAAAAUCUGGCGGAUAGAAAAGUGUGUUGUGGUUGGGGAAAGGGGAGAUAAAAGCGGGACAAAGCGGGCUUACGAAACGAGGAGAAAGGUGCAAGGAGGAAGGAGCGGACCAAUACCUUCCAGCUUUACCUCCAACCUGGCAGUUUCCUGCUUCUGAAACUUUUACUUUAUUCAACAUCAGCUUCCGUGCAAAUCUCCCCGAAGGGACCUUGGGGAUAUUAUUUAAGCAUGCCGAGGGCCUUUCUGGUGAAAAAGGCGAAUGUUUCGCCGGGAAAGCGGAACUGGAGCGAACUCCCUGAUCAUGAACGAGGGGACGUCUACAUCCCAGUUUCCAUCUUCCCUCCGUCCAGCCUGACGAUGGAGGUUGAAGCCAGUCCUGCUGAGGCUGUGCCCCUCUGCCUCACCAAGCGCUGUCUCUCCGACGUACAAACUCACGCCGAGCUGCCAUCCAGCACGGUGCUCGGGCGUCCACACAGCCUGGCACUGGAGGAGAGGUUGGACAUCAGGAAGCGGAGGUCGGAGGGUGGCUCCACCUACGUCCGGUCUAAAAUCAAGGUAACUACAGGCGAGUUACCUCCCGAUCCCUCUCCUCUUCCUCUAGUUCUUCCUCCUAUUCCCACUGCACCAGUCUUACCCCCACAAGCUACAAUGAUGCUAGUCGCCCCACCCACACCCUCUGCUCAACCUCAGGAGCCAGUCUCCAUGGUAACCAGAUUGUCGGGUCAAAGUACGUCAACAGGAGCAUUUGUGUGCCAGGUUUGCCAGAAGACGUUCCAGUAUCAACGCAUGCUGAACAGACACGUCAAGUGUCACAACGAGACCAAGAGGCACCUGUGCAGCUUCUGCGGCAAAGGCUUCAACGACACCUUCGACCUGAAACGACACGUGCGCACCCACACAGGUGUCCGCCCGUACAAGUGCAACCUCUGCGACAAGGCCUUCACCCAGCGCUGCUCCCUGGAGUCUCACAUGAAGAAGAUCCACAGCGUCACCCUGAAGUAUGCCUACAAGGAACGCCGUAACAAGCUGUACGUCUGCGAGGAGUGCGGCCACACGGCAGGAGCACAGGAGGAGCUGCACCUCCACCUCCGCUCGCUUCACCCUGACAGCGCCCUGCUGAAGGGGAAGGGCACGAGGAGGGCGGCAGGAGGAGGGAGAGACGGAGGCUCGGUCGGAGGAUCCACUCCAGGUUCUCCGCAGGGACCUGAUAGUGAUGAUACCACUGGAUCCUCUGGGCAGUAGAGACAAGUGAGGAGGCUGAAAAUGAACAGAACCUGUUGAACCAGGUUACAAGAGCAGAACUGCUGUAUUUAGUGUAUAUAUCUAUCUAUAUCUAUAUGUAUGUGUAUAUUUAUGAAUGGACGUGUGUUUUGAUACAACCAACAGUAAUGAAAUGACACUAAAAAAGUUAUAUUUACGUUAAUGAUCCAAAACAUUUUGACCACCACAGCCUGCCAGUACAGCUGGUAGUUACAGUCUCUAUAAGACCUCAGAAUCUGUCCUUGAACAUUUAAGGUGGUGGCAGAUAAUCCUUCAAAUUCUUUUAAGUGGGGACGUGGAGCUGCUGUGUAUCAAAUUUGUUCCAUCACAUCCAACAUCAUCCGGUCGCCAAUAAUUUACUCUUCUCUCGACCUCAUGAGACUCUUUCUGCCCCAUCAAAAGUUGCUUCCACCUAAGAUACCUGUUGGUUUGGUCAUAGUGUUUUGGCUCCUGUGCGUAUUUUUAUAUGGGAUGUGAUGCAGAUGAGAACAUUAACAUAUGUACUGUAUUUUUUUUUCAUCCUUUCUGUUGCAUGUAAAUAUUACCUAUGGGCUUCUCUGUACAACAGAAGAGAUGAGUUUUUCUAUGGAGAAUACUUUAUUCAUUAAAGGGAGUAAUAUAUACAUAUAUAUUACAAAACAAGGA